UUUCAUGUCAGCAACUUUGUUAAUUGUGCUGCUGCCUAUGUCUUGGCCAGGACACUCUUGGAAAAGAGAUUUUUAAUCUCAAUGAGUUUUCUUCUGGUUAAAUAAAGGUAGCCUAUAUAACAGCAUCCAUGAUCAGUAGCCAAACAAACUGUAAACAAACAUAAGGUGCUCACAUGACAUUAAGCAUUUUCUGGUGCAUAAUGUGACGUUUGAGAACCUAAAACCCGGUUUCUCCCAGACUUGACACGGCAACACAUAACCGGUGUUCUCAGAAAUCUCCACUUUGGCUGGAGUUUUUAGAAAUAAUUGAUAAAAACAGAGUUUUUGUGUAAAUGAGAGGCCAAACCACGGGAAAAUAUCUGGGUCUUCCCUUCAUGUAAAUAUGGCUUCGAACACAUAAAACAGCAACAAAAAAAAAUCCUAUUAGCUGUGAUGGAUCAAUUUAAUUGUUACGUGAGUAUCGCGAUCAAUGAUGACCUGUAGAAAAUUGCACACGCAAUUAUCCAGACUAGGGUAACCUGGAUCAAAUUAGUGAUAUUGCAUGCACUUUGUUAGGUUCAUUCAAGUCAGGUGUUGGAGUUUAUUACCUGCUGUUCUUAGCGUCUUUUAUGCAACCAGCCUCAGGUGAUGAAAAUCUGUGUUAUUUUAAAAGCCUUAGCUUGAGGUCUGUUUUAGCAGGUCAUGGUGAUUGUUUAAUCUGUAAUCAAGAUGGCAGUUUUAAACUUUAUGUUUUUAGUAUGUAUGUGUCACCAACUGGUGUGCAAUGGUUUUGCUUAUCCAGUUGGGCGUCAUUUAUACCUGUCUGGUAUUAAGCAAUUAUAUUUGAACAGCAAAGGUGGCUCCUUGUCUUUUCCUUGUGUGAUCAAAAAAAAUCCAACAUGGCCAGUGGUAGCGAAGUCUGAUAUGGCAGUUGUGCUUUCUUUGCAGAAUCCAUCUGGGCUAACUGUCAAAAAAGGCAUUGAUGGGAAGUUGCUGGAAUCCAGCUCUCUUCCCGAAAAGGUUAGUGGGAAGUUGACUGAGUCCUGCCCUGUCCCAGCUAAAGAGUCCAGCCAUGUGUCCACUGAAGGUGAUGGGAAGUUGACAGAGUCCAGCUCAAUCCCAGCUAAAGAGUCCAGCCCUGUCCCAGCUGAGGUUGAUGGGAAGUUGACUGAGUCCAGCUCAGUCCCAGCUAAAGAGUCCAGCCAUGUGUCCACUGAGGUUGAUGCGAAGUUGACGGAGUCCAGCUCAGUCCAAGCUAAAGAGUCCAGCCCUUGCCCAGCUGAGGUUGAUGGGAAGUUGACGGAGUCCAGCUCAGUCCCAACUAAAAAGUCCAGCCAUUGCCACUGAGGUUGAUGGAAGUUGACGGAGUCCAGCUCAGUCCCAGCUAAAGAGUCCAGCCCUUGCCCAGCUGAGGUUGAUGGGAAGUUGAC